GUGUUCUUUGCCCUGAUGCUGACCCCUCUGUUUAAGAAGUCCAAGCACGUGGGGAUCGUGGAGUUCCUGGCAACUUUGGUGUUUGGCUUUGUGGGCCUCAACAUCGUCCUGCUGGAGGAUUUCCCCAAAUCCUUCGUGUGGAUCCUCAGCCCUUUGUGUCAGUGCAGCUUCUUGAUUGGUGUUGCACAGAUUUGUCCUUUGACAUCUACGAGGGGCAGAUCACGGCACUGCUGGGCCACAGCGGCACCGGGAAGACGACGCUGAUGAACAUCCUGUGUGGCCUGUGCCCUCCCUCUGAUGGGUUUGUGUCAGUCUAUGGGCACAGGGUGUCUGAGAUCGACGAGAUGCUGGAGGUGCGGCAGAUCGCGGGCGUGUGUCCCCAGGCCGACAUCCACUUCGACAUCUUGACUGUGGAGGAGAACCUCUCCAUCUUUGCUGCCAUCAAGGGCAUCCCUCAGAACGAUUUGAUACAAGAGGUGCAGAAGGUGUUGCUGGAUUUGGAGAUGCAGCCCAUCAGGGACAAUCAAGCCAAAAAAUUAAGUGGGGGGCAAAAGAGGAGGCUGUCAGUGGGAGUUGCUGUUCUUGGGAACCCCAAGGUUUUGCUGCUGGAUGAGCCCACGGCAGGGAUGGAUCCCUGCUCCCGCCACAUCAUCUGGAACCUGCUGAGGAGCAGGAAAGCCAACCGUGUGACAGUGUUCAGCACCCACUUCAUGGACGAGGCUGACAUCCUGGCUGAUCGUAAAGCUGUGAUUUCCCAAGGGAUGCUGAAAUGCCUCGGCUCUUCUCUCUUCCUCAAGAGCAAGUGGGGCAUUGGCUACCGCCUGAGAUUACAGCGUGUUCCACUCGCAGCAAGCCCAGGAGGAGGUGGACACCAAGUCCCUGGAUGACAUGGAGCAGAGCCUGCUGAUGCUCUCCGAGGCCAAGGCACCAGCCAUGAGCAACUCAGCCCUGUGGAAGAAGCAGGUCUCCACCAUAGCCAAAGUGCACUUCCUCAGCCUGAAACGGGAGAACAAAUGUGUCAGAGUUAUGUUGUUGCUUUUCCUCAUUUUCCUUGUAGUUCAGAUUUUGUUGUUUUUCAUACACCACAUCAUCAAAAAUGCUGUAGCUGCUAUCAAACUCUCCCCAGAUUUGUACUUGCUGAAGCCUGGAGAGAGCAGUCACAAGUACAGGAGUCGGCUCCUGCUGCAGAACUCCACAGAGUCGGAUAUCAGUGACAUUGUGCACUCCCUGGGGAGCAUGAACAUCCUCUGGGAGAUGUUCAAUGACAGUGAUUAUGUCUCAGUGGCACCUCACAGUGCAGCUCUGAACGUGUUUGCCCUCCAGUCCAGGCAGAAUUAUGUUUUCAACAUCAUAUUCAACAGCACCAUGGUGCAUUCCCUGCCAGUUCUGAUGAACAUUGUCAGCAACCUCCUCCUGCGCAGCCUGAACGUGACUGAGAGCAUCCAGAUCUGGAGCAACCCCUUCAUUCAGGACCUUCCAGACACAAUUUUCAGGCUGGAGAUCUAUUUUGAAGCCGUGUUACUGGGGAUCAUCAUCACUGGGAUGCCACCCUACUUCGCCAUGGACAAUGCAGAAAACCACAAGAUCAAGGCUUACACCCAGCUGAAGAUUGCAGGGCUCUAUCCCUCAGCCUACUGGACUGGCCAGGCUGUGGUGGACCUGCCUCUGUUCUUCCUCAUCCUCAUCCUCAUGAUUGGCAGCCUCUUUGCCUUCCACUACGGUGUUUAUUUCUAUGUGGGCAAGUUCCUGGCUGUGAUUUUUUGCCUGAUUGGUUACGUCCCCUCCGUCGUGCUCUUCACCUACGUGGUCUCCUUCACCUUCAGAAAAGUCCAGAACACGAAGGAAUUUUGGUCAUUUAUAUUUUCAGUGACAGCCCUGCUGUGCACAGUGGUCACUGAGGUGUCCUUUUUCCUGGACCAUUACCUGGUGACCACCAUCCUGCACUAUGUCUUCUCCAUCUUCAUCCCUAUUUAUCCCCUCAUUGGCUGCCUGAUUUGUUUUAUAAAGGUCUCAUGGAAAGGCAAGAGUGAGAGUGGGGGAUUCCACGACCCCUGGGACCGGCUGCUGGUGGCAGUUCUGGCUCCCUACCUGCAGUGUGUGCUGUGGCUGUUCCUGCUGCGCUGCUUCGAGCUCAAGAACGGCGGGAGGACGGUCAGAGAAGAUCCCUUCUUCAGGAAAUGUUUCACCAAAGCCAAGCCCUGGAAGUUCCCAGAUGUGCCUCACGAGGAGAAUGAGGAUGAGGAUGUGAAGGCAGAGAGGCUGAGAGUCAAAGAGAUCCUGAGCAGCCCCAGGAGUGAGGAGAUGCCAGCAAUCCUGGUCAGCAGCCUGCACAAAGAGUUUGAUGAGAGGAAGGAAUUUCUUCUGGGGAGAAAAAUAAAGAAAGUGGCAACCAAACAUGUUUCCCUCUGUGUGAAGAAAGGAGAAAUCCUGGGUUUGUUGGGACCCAAUGGAGCUGGGAAAAGCACAUUAAUUAAUAUGCUUGUUGGAGAGAUUGAGCCAACCAGUGGGCAGGUGCUGAUGGGAGAUGAUUCCUUGGGGCUGAGCAGUGAGGAUGACUCUGUGAAGUUCGUGGGGUACUGUCCCCAGACAAAUCCUCUGUGGCCAGAUAUCACACUGCAGGAGCACUUUGAGAUUUACGGUGCCAUCAAAGGCAUGAGCCAGGCUGAUGUUAAAGAGGUCAUCAAACGCAUCGCCAGCGUGCUGGAUCUGAAGGACCACCUGCAGAAGACCACAAAGAAGUUGGGCAUGGGGCUGAAACGCAAGCUCUGCUUUGCCCUCAGCAUGCUGGGCAACCCGCGGGUGACGCUGCUGGACGAGCCCUCCACGGGGAUGGACCCCAAGGCCAAGCAGCACAUGUGGAGGGCAAUCCGAGCAGCCUUUAAGAACAAGGAGAGAGCAGCAAUCCUGACCACGCACUACAUGGAGGAGGCAGAUGCUGUCUGUGACCGUGUGGCCAUCCUGGUGUCAGGGCAGCUCAGGUGUAUAGGUACUGUCCAACACCUGAAGAGCAAAUUUGGCAGAGGAUACUUCUUGGAAAUGAAAUUAAGGGAAACAGCAGAUGUGCAGCAGGUGGAGUAUCUGCAGAGCCAGAUUCUGCACAUCUUCCCCAACGCCAACCGCCAGGAGAGUUUUGCUUCCAUCUUGGCGUAUAAAAUUCCCAAAGAAGAUGUACAGUCACUUUCACAUUGUUUUUCCAAGCUGGAGGAAGUAAAACACGCCUUCAACAUCGAGGACUACAGCUUUUCCCAAGCAACACUGGAACAGGUGUUUGUGGAGCUGGCUAAGGAGCAGGAGGAGGAGGACAGCAGCUUUGGCACCCUGAACAGCAGCCUGUGGUGGGAGAGGACACAGGAGGACAGAGUCAUCUUCUGAGCUCCUCGUGCUCCUGUGGGUGCCAGCACCAACCCUCCCUCUGCUCCUGGAGCUGGGCUGGGCAAGGACAGCUGGCUUGGGGAGCCCUGAGCCUGUGCCACCAUCCUGGCCUUGGAAUAGGAGCUGUGACCCCAAAUCCUCCUCCCCUCGCUGCUCCUGGGCUCUGCUGGGCAGCAGGGCAGUGCCACAGCAUCUCCUGGCUCUG